AAGUUACAUUUAUAAUUGCUCUAUUCGAUUCUUGUACGUGUGCAGUGCUGGUCGCAGGAUAUGAGACAAGAUGAUAUAAUGUGAGGUAAAAUCUUUUAUUGGACUAACUUCUGUUGGUGACAGAGACAAGCUUUUGAGUCACACACAGAGUUCUUCUUCAGAUCUGGGAAAGGUACUCCCAGCAUCACGGCAAAACGCAAGGUGGAAUGGUUCUAUGGCAUAUGCAUACAUCUUUUCAGAUGCCUCCACCCUCUCUCAUUCACAAUUGCGUGGAUUGCCUUUCCUUCCAUUCAUGAUCACAUAAUAUCUCUGUGGCAAUCCCAUAGCAGAUUAGUAGUUAAAUAUUCAAUGUAUUUUUAGCUGUCUUUAAUGCGACAUCGCAGCUGGAUAUGAGGAGAGCCAGACUAGCAUCGUAUGACCAGCCGAUUCGUCUCCACCAGCCUCCGGUACAUGUACUAUAGUUGGGAACUGCUGCGUUAUGGGGCUAAAUUAAGACACAUAUAACACCAUGCUACAAGCCAUGGAAAGGGGGGAAAGGGAGAGCGCUCUGUUCACCUCAUUCUCAGUGCUAUUCUCCUCCCCUUGGUGGGGAGGGGACUGUACUGUGUGUGUUUCAGGAAGAGCCAUUUUUACCAUCUCUCCCCAGAUCCAUGAGCCCUAGCAGCACCAGAAGGCUCUGAUCUGACUCAAGCGCCUGUGUGAGUCUCAGCUGUUUUACUCCAACCGCUCCACCCGGACCUGCGUGCGCUCCGCUCAGCAACAUCCACUCAGCAGGUCAGACAGGGACACGCCUGUAGAGGGGAAGCCGACGUGCGCUCCACGGCGUCCUACCAUAGCCCAGAGAGGCUGAGCCUACAUUUCCCAGCAUGCAAUGAUGUCCUGGGAUGCUCUUACACACUACCAGCGCUGCCGCGGGAGGCUGUCCUUGUGAGCCUGAGGGGACUACACAUCCCAACAGGCAACGCGCCACCAUGAUCGGCACCAGGCGCGUAUGAGUCACGAGUCCUGUAAACCAGAGCUGAUCAUUGGUUAUAUCCGAUUGACGUCAGCAAUGAGUCACUCUGCCCGCCCCCUUAGCCCGUUUGGGUAUAAAAGGGGCGUCGGCGCCGUCUCUUCGUCUUUAGCUCCAGGUGUCUGAGAGGAGAAAAAUGCAUCGAUUCUGCUCACGGGCCUUCACGGGGAUUUCUACCGCCACCACCGACUCGUCCUUCGCCUGCCUCCGCCAAUCCCCUCCACUGCCUCGGUCCGGGAAGUCAGCCCCGCAGAGACGCUGUAGUAAAAAGCGCUCCUGCUUCUCCAUCGGCUGAUUGUCGCUGAGACCCGGGCGGGGGGGAACCGAGAGACCGAGACCCACAGAGGGGAGCUGCGCACCGCCGGUAGCCAUGCCCAAGUCAAAGAAGCGAGGGAGCAACCACCAGCGCGGAGCAGGUGGUCAGCACAGAAAUGUGCAGCCUUUCAGUGAUGAGGAUGCAUCAAUUGAGACUAUGAGCCACUGCAGUGGCUUCAGUGACCCUGCUAGCUUCACUGAAGAAGGACCUGAAGUUGAUGAAGAAGCAACUCAAGAAGACUUCGAGUACAAGUUAAAGGGAUUCAUUGACCUUCUCUUGGACAAGAGUGCGAAGACAAGACAAGCAGCUCUUGAAGGUCUUAAAAAUGCUCUGACUUCUAAAAUACUAUAUGAAUUUAUCCUGGAAAGGAGAAUGACUUUAACUGAUAGCAUUGAACACUGCAUAAAGAAAGGUAAGAGUGAUGAACAGUCCGCAGCGGCAAGGCUGGCAUGUCUUCUCUGUGUGCAGUUGGGGUCGGGAAUUGAAAGUGAAGAGAUCCUUAAGACCCUUGGACCAGUUCUCAAGAAGAUAAUCUGUGAUGGAACAGCUAGUAUCCAGGCUAGACAGGCUAGUGCAACCUGCUUGGGAGUUUGCUGUUUCAUAGUCACUGAUGAUAUUACUGAACUGUAUUCAACUAUGGAGUGUCUGGAAAACAUAUUCACAAAAUGGUAUCAGAGAGAGAGCGACACUAAUGGCAUUUCUAGCACCCACAACACAGUGCUUCACAUCAGUGCACUUUUAGCAUGGACUCUGUUGCUGACCAUCUGCCCAGUGAGCGAAGUGAAGAAAAAACUUGAAAUGCACUUAUACAAACUUCCAAACCUCUUAUCUUGUGAUGAUGUCAACAUGAGAAUUGCUGCUGGAGAAACACUAGCUCUUCUGUUUGAACUGGCACGAGAAACGGAAGCUGAUUUCUUUUAUGAAGACAUGGAACUUUUAACACAGAAACUGAGGGCCCUGGCUACAGAUGGAAACAAGCACCGUGCCAAAGUAGACAAAAGAAAGCAGCGAUCUGUUUUCAGAGAUGUCUUGCGAGCAGUAGAGGAGCGUGACUUCCCUACAGAGACUGUCAAAUUUGGACCUGAGCGCAUGUAUAUUGACUGCUGGGUUAAGAAACACACAUAUGAUACCUUCAAGGAGAUUCUGGGAUCAGGGAUGCAAUAUCAUUUGCAGUCCAAUGAGUUUCUUCGGAAUGUGUUUGAACUUGGACCACCAGUAAUGCUUGAUGCUGCAACUCUUAAAACAAUGAAGAUACCCCGUUUUGAAAGGCACUUGUACAACUCUGCAGCAUUCAAGGCUCGAACAAAGGCUAGAAGCAAAUGUCGUGACAAAAGAACAGAUGUGGGUGAAUUUUUCUAGAUCUUCCAUGUGGGAUCCAAGGUUGAAGACUUUGAUAAUUUCACAAUUUUCUAUAAAUGUAACUGUUGUAACCUUGAAAUUUGAGAUUUAAUUUAUAUAUCCACAUAGCUUAGACUUUGCACAGGGAUAAUAUCUAAUGUAUAGUAUCUGUAAAUGUUAUGCAUGUUAUAAUUGCUUUAGUUGUGUGUACUGUGUGUGUGUAUACAUAUAGAAUUGGUUGAUCUAAAAUUGGAUGGAAAUGUAACUUGUAACACUUAUGCAGGAUCAAAAUCACUCAUGAAUUUGGUAAACAUACCAACAAUUCAGUUGUUAGAUGGUGCUGAAAGCUAUAUGUAUUAAACUGCCAAAAUUGUCUGACCCAGCUCAUCUUGGAUUGGUGUUAAUACAGCGAUGAAAUUACAUAGAAGAGCAAGUUGUCUUGAUAAGAAGAGUAGAGGACCAGGACAAACAUGCCUCUGGAACAGCUGCUAUUUCUUUGUGUUCAAUUAUACCCUGUAAUUUUAAUACUUUUUUAAACUGGCUGAUGGACUGACAAAUGGCACAAGAUAUGACCUUACUAUACUAUACCAGUGCCAUGAAGUCCUGCUGUUGGCACUUAAAAUGAAGUAGUAAAUAACACAAACCUACUUGACUAUAUUUAACUUUAAAAGUGGUGACACAUUUUACAUAUGCUUGUAUAAGACUGUUCCAUCUUUGGAAUAAAAAUCUUUCUCACUGAA